UCAUUGUCACACAGGCACCAGCCAGAGACAAAUGCAUGACUGACGUGACGCGACAAUAAUAAGCGCUGGCAGUGAUAAUAAUCAGUUUUUUUUUGUAUGAACUGGAUGGAUUAGCCAAUCUGUACAUUGUGAAUUCUAUCUUUCUGAUCAGCCGGACAAUGAGCUAAUUUUAUCCAUCAUUUUUCUCUCAGUGGACACACAGUUACAGAUGGAAAAGGCACAAGGAGAGUUUCAGGAGGAGAGGACCAAAGAGCCGGUGGAGGAGAUCACAGAGGAACAAUUCCUCAAAGAUCUCUACCUGUUUAUGAAGAAGAGAGAUACACCAAUAGAGAGGAUCCCUCAUCUGGGCUUCAAACAAAUUGAUUUGUUUGUGAUGUUCAAGACUGUCAGUGACCUGGGUGGCUACCAUCAGGUGACUUCUCAGCAGUUGUGGAAACAAGUUUACAACACACUUGGCGGAAACCCUCGCAGUACAAGCGCAGCCACAUGCACCCGCAGACACUAUGAGAAGCUGCUUCUCCCCUACGAAUGCCACGUGAAAGGCAUCUUAAUGAGCGCCUUGCCGCGUCAUCAGCCAAAGUCUUACCACCACUACACCAGCUACAGCAAGGACGACGAUGGUUGCCCAAGACCCGCCAAACGCAAACUGUUACCAGUACCGCCGCAGCAGGGUCCUCACAACCUCCAGUCGGACCCACGUGGGAGUCUCUUCCCUCUGCCAUUCCAGUAUACUCACUACUAUCACCCAAGCCACACAGUUCUGCCUCCAUAUCUCCCAGUGACCUCCACAGUGUUGCCUCCACAAAGCCCCGCUGUCCCCAAAGCUCAGCUCUCUCUCCAUCCACCCCACCUCAUCCCAAGUGACAGAGUGAAGGAGCCGCUGGAGCACUUGCGCUACCUGGCAGAGCAGUACAAAACCUCAUCUGGACUGGCUGAGCCACUGAACCUCAGCAUUAAAGCUUCAACUCGGGACACUCACACCAACCCUGUCUCCUCAUUCGCUCCACCUUCAUCCAGCAAGAACCCAAAGUUUCUGAACAAACCCUCCACACUCUACAGCGUUAAUCACACAGGAGCACUGAGAAAUGAAGAAUGUGAGACACAAGAUGGUGAAUCGAGUGAAGGAGUUACAACCUAUUCAUAUCCUGUGAAAGCAAGGGAGGAGACGCAUGUCAAAGAUGUGACAGAGUCAAGCAGCCCCAUGUAUGCCUCUGCUAUGACACUGGGAACAGAGAACGACUCCAUUGAAACGGCACAAAAACGCACCUCUCCAGAAAUAGACUUCACAAUCUGGCCAAAAGACAAGAUGGAAGCAAGUCCAGAUGUCAAGGCGCUCAAUCUCAGUCGUUUCUUGCCCAGUCUCUCUCAAGACAAAGAUGGCAAAAUGGAGAUUGAGAUACCUCUGUCUGUGUUUCAUAAGUGGCUCAAGUUGUGCGAGACCUCAGCCUCGAUGCCAGGGGCUAAAGAGCCUCCUCUUCAUACUCAGGAGAAACAACCUGGACAAAGGAAUGGUUCUGACGCAGACGUCAUCCCCACCAAUUUGACGUUUCACAUGAAUCCUCAGCACCAGAGCACAGCUGAGGAUCUAAGGCUGAGGAAUGUGCCAAGCCCUACACCAUCCACCCAUCCAAUCAGUAAUCACCACUUUACAAGCCACAAUGGUUUCUCGCGCUACAAGCCUUUGUCCUCAGGUGACAUUCUGAAGAAUGCAACCAGUCAGAAUGUUUUUCCAUUUGAUCAGCAGAAUAUUAACAAGUCAUACAACGCAAAGUUCCCCAAUUCCUGGCAUGCCGAUGACAAAGACACUCAGGCUCCCAAAAUGUGCCCUAAUUACGUGAGAGCUCAGCAAGAGCUCGCCUCCAGGAUGCAGAAGUCAGACAUGGGACCCUCAGCUCUGCUCAUGAUGAAUUCCAGCUCCGCUUCUCAGCCCCAACUCACCACUGAAGAGAUCAUAAAGCUGAAGAAAAUCAUCUCAAGCUCAUCGUGAACACCAUGAUUAUAUUAACACACCAUCACCACAUUCAAGCUGUCUCAUAUUAAGCUCUUUUAUGUACCCUGUGUCUUACAGAAGUUCAAUAUAUUGCAUAUGAUUCAGUUUAGUCAUCACAUAAUAUGCAAGCGUCAGUUCAUCAGGAGAAAAAUGUCAUUUACUGAAUAAAUCAUUCUCACCCUGAAAUAAAACUUGGAGAAUGUAUAUUGUUGAUCUUUUUAAGUGUUUUGUACAGAAAUAUUGCUUGUACAUUUAAUCUAAUUGAUGUGUAAAUCUAAAUAAAUUCAAAUUGAUAAAGUAAAAA